GGAGUAGUACUAUCUUUUUUCUUUUCUUGUGUUUUGGACGUUAUUGAAGAGUCCGCCUUGGGGUUAGGGGCAUCCUUGUUUCUCAUCUUUCAUGCUGUUUUUGUGUUUUGCGUUUAUUAGCCCUCAAUACGCGACCCACCGCAAUCCUCCCACGCACUCUCUCUCUCUCCUCUCCUCUCUCUCUCCAUCAUCUAUCUCAUCCUCAACAGCCAUAUACAUACCCCAUCCAUCUCUCUCUGUUUUCUCCUCUCUCUCUUUCUCUCUCUUUCUCUCUCUGCCCCUCCCCUCAUAUUGCUAUCUUCUUCCAAUCUCAAAUUUUCAAUAUCAGUAGAUAAAACUACACACAAAUGGCCGUUCAAGCUCAAUACCCAUCCAACGUUCUCCUCCUAAACAGGAACGUACAAGAGGGAAAUAACUUAUUAGAAAACAACUACUCGUUUCUUGAUCAAUCCCAGAUGAUGUUCAGCAAUGGAGCGGGGAGUAAUCCACGAAAGAGAGGAAGAGAAUCGCCCAAUACUAUUAUUAAUCAUCCCUUCUCAAUCCAACUCAAUCCCCCUCAGUUCAUGGACCUGACACAGCUUCAAACCCCUCGGCCGAAUGCCGUGUCCACCGGUCUCCGUUUAGCUUUCGGCGAACACCAACGACAACAACAAUCGCAACCGCAACCGCAACAGAGAAAGAAUCAACAACUACAGCAACAGCAACAGCAAAAUCUCUCUCCUCAAUCUUCUGUUCUGUGGUCGCUCUUAUCAGAAGAUUUGGCAACCCAAAUCAGGCAACAGAGAGAAGAAAUCGAGCAAUUCCUCCAAGCCCAGGGAGAGCAGCUGCGGCGCACGUUAGCAGACAAGAGGCAUAGACACUACCGUGUGCUCCUGAACGCAGCGGAGGAAACGGCGGCGCGCAAGCUGAGGGAGAAGGAGGCGGAGGUGGACAAGGCGGCCCGGCGCAACGCCGAGCUGGAAGCCCGCGCCGCCCAGCUGACCACCCAGGCGCACGCGUGGCAGGCGCGCGCGAGGGCGCAGGAGGCCGCGGCGGCGGCGCUCCGGGGGCAGCUCCAGCAGGCCAUCGUCACGGGCGCGCGGCGGCAGGACGAGUGGGGGGAGGAGGCGGGCGGAGGAGGGGAGGCGGAGGACGCCGAGUCGGUCUGCGGUGAGCCGGAGCGAGUCGCGGCGGCGAGCGGACCGAGUUGCAAGGCGUGCCGUAGGCGGGUGGCGUCGGUGGUUCUGCUGCCGUGUCGGCACCUGUGCCUGUGCUCGGGGUGUGGGGCCCUGGCCCAAUCGUGUCCUCUCUGUCUUGCGGUCAGAGAGUCCAGCGUUGAGAUCUUGCUUUCUUGAGAUGGGCCCCCGGCCCAAGCCCGGGUUCAGUCUCGGCCCACUACCCAAGGUGGGUGGGACCAUAUAGAAGAAUGGUAAUGGAAAAUGAUAAAAAAUUCAAGAGAAAUGAAAAUGAAAAGUCGGGAAAUUCCUAUUGACCUUUCAAUUUCAUUUUCAUUUUCUUGGUUUUUUCUUUUGUGGGUAAUGUAUAUGGCCGCAGGGGAACGGCAUUGGUUUUCUUUUAUUUUUUUGGAAUUUAACUUUGAAUACAUAAAUUCUUUUAUUUGAGGA